CUGACAGUAUUUACUAACCUACCCACCAAUGGUUGUUCAAGUGAAAUCACGCAAUCGCUACAGCAGCAAAACCAUGGAAGGCAACCAGCAGAAAGUGGAAGCUAACAUUUUGUUACUUGGAGCUGAAAACGUUGGAAAGUCUGCUCUCACUGUGCGUUUCCUAACAAGAAGGUUCAUAGGAGAAUAUGGAGAUAUAGAAUCAAUAUACAGCCACACUGACAAGAUCGACGGCCGUGAGAUUUGCUUCAACAUAUGGGACUCGCUUUGCCCACAGAAUGCCGAAGAGUCCGGAUACAUCAGUGACAGGCAGUUGCAGUGGGCAGACGGCUAUAUCCUUGUUUACAGCAUCUGUGACCGUGCCAGCUUCAAUGUGGUCCGGCAACAAGUACAGUGCAUACGACAAGCCAAGCAAAAACUGGCCAGCACAGCUCAAAUCAUCAUAGUGGGGAAUAAACGAGACCUCCAGCACCGCCGUACAGUGUCCAGUGAGGAGGGCCGGCUGCUGGCACUCUCAGCGGACUGUGGGUUUUUUGAGGUGUCCGCCGCCGAGACGUACCAUGGUGUUUUGAUGGUGUUUCAUGAACUGUUCGAGCUCAUUCGAGAAGCAAAAGCGCUCAAGAAGGGCACCGCAGGGUUCAAAGGUAUCGUGAGGAGCAUGUCUGCUGUAUUUGGAAGGAAAAGGACUGAGUAGUUACAUAUUUCCUCCUCAAAGUGGUAGAAGAAUCAGGGAUAAGCCCUUUAUGGAAUCCAUAUUGGAACAAAGACUGAUUAUUUAACUCAAGUGGAGUUUUACAAGUUGACAAUCUUGGGGGCCAUUCACACAGCAUUUUAUCUGUGGUACUUUAACAAAAUGGUCACAUUUUUGUCCAUUUUCUGCAUAUUAAACCAUGAGCAUCACGUUUAAGGCACCGGACAUUCCAGUUCCAUAAUAAUAAGUUUUUGAAUGCAGAUGAUUUGUGUGAAUGGUCCUUUAUUCCUGAAUGUUCUAAGAAUGUUCAGUUUAGAUUGAAGUAUAGAAACUCGCUGUUUAAUAUACAUUUUAAACUAUCUGAUCACUCUUUCUACAAUUGUAAGUUUUACCGUAGCUAAUAAGUGCAAUUGUUAGCUGAAUCCAUCUUAGUCCCUAUGCAAUUGAAUCAGACACAUUUCAAAAUGCGGCCUCUAACAUAAAUUGUGACAGUGUAGCAUUUCUCAGUGAAAAUUAGGUCAUUUUGCAUAUGUAUUAUGGUCUGUUAAACUGAUAAAAGCAUGUUUUUAGUUAUGUAAACAUCAAGUAAUUUACUGGAUUGUUGCAUUUCCAAAUUAUGCUCAUAUUUGCCUCGGUUGUUUAUUAAAUUUACAUAGUAUAAUGUAUUUAUACAAGUCUUAACUGUUUCAUUUGAUGCAUUGGUAAUAACUGUCAAACCCAGAUUGUUGUGUGUGUAUAUAUAGCAAGUGCAAAACUGUUAUGUUAUUGUUUUAUAAUAAAACAUGAAAGAUUUGAA